AUGAGGGACGGGCUACUGGAAAAGCACCUCCCGCAAAUAGGCUUCGGCCUGGGCCUGGCAGCGGCGACCGCGACCCUCCUCGUCCUCGCCUCCCGCACCACCACCUCCUCCGCCUCAGCCGCUGUCGGCCUCCCGGCUCCGCGUCCGGCAAAAGACCGCCGCAAGACUGCCCUCUCGCCGAAAUGGACCGUCUUGCCCACCCUCUCGACGUUGGGCCGCGAUGAGCUGCCAUAUCCGCCGGAUGUGCUCCCCGGCGGUCGGGACGUCGCAACGGCGUACGGGAACCUGCGAGUGUAUGAGUUCGGGCCGGAAACGGCGGAGGAGAGGAUUCUGUUGCUGCACGGCAUCGGGACGCCUUGUCUUGCGCUAGGAGGUGUUGCUGAGGAGUUUGUCAAGAGGGGGUGGAGGGUCAUGACUUUUGACUUCUUCGGCCGCGGCUACUCCGACUCGCCCCUCGACAUACCCCACGACGCCCGCCUCUACAACACCCAAAUCCUCCUCGCGCUCGCCUCAUCCCCCUCGCCGGGCUGGACCGGCAACGACGCCUUCCAUCUGCUGGGCUACUCCCUCGGCGGCGCCGUCGCCGCCGCCUUCGCCUCCUCGCAUCCGCACCUUGUCAGGUCCCUCAACCUCGUCGCCCCGGGUGGCCUGGUCCGCUCCGCCGCACACGUCGGGUGGCGGAGCCGGGUCCUGUAUAACUCGGAUUGGAUCCCCGAGGGCGUGAGGCAAUGGCUCGUGGGACGGAGGCUGAUGCCUGCUGAUCCCAAGAGCGGGGGCGACGUGCCGGAGAAGGAGACGGUCGACGACGAAGGCGACGGCAAGGACGAAGAGGAGGGGCCGACGGCGGAGUGGGAUGAGCUGAGGCUCGUCGGCGGGAGACGGAUCGGGGAGGUGGUGAGGUGGCAGCUCGCGACGCACCCCGGGUUCGUGACGAGUUACAUGUCGACGAUCCGCCACGCGCCAAUCUACGACCGCGGGGACGAAGAGUGGAGGGUCUUGGGGGAGGCGUUGGAGGCGAGGAGGAGCAGUCGGAGAUCGGAACCCGGGAUGAGAAAGGGCCGGGUGCUGUUCGUGCUCGGGGAGGAGGAUGACAUUGUCGUGCCCGGGGAGACGGUAUGGGACGCGGAGAGGGUGCUUGGGGAGGACGCGGUCGAUGUCGUGGUUCUCAAGGGCGGGCACGAGGUUGCCAUCACCAAGGGGAGGGAGAUUGUGGGUGCUGUUGUUUCUGCGUGGGAGAGGGCGUAG